AUCACUCAUCAAAACUCUGCGGCAUGCUAACUAGAUCUGGGGGAGGGCUCAUACCGGGUUUGUGCUGAGUGUAGUGUCAACACCACGGUCGUUUAGUAUAGAUUGACUGUAAUUAGAUACAGUAGCACGGAGCCGCCGGAUUGUUCAUCCUCUUCUUUCAAACAGCUCGUCAUUUGUGUGCUCGCUAACGACUUUCUGCACCCUAUCUGAGUAAAAUAUUUCACAUCUCACCAAAACGCCUAUUACAUUAGGUUAUAACGCCCGGUAACAGUCCGUGGAUUGAAACACAUUUAGCAAAAUGGCAAAGGAUGCUGAGAAGAGCACUUGGAAGGACUUCAUAUGGAACUCCAGGACCCGAGAAUUUUGUGGCAGGACAGGGAGCAGCUGGGGCCUCAUCCUGCUCUUCUACCUAGUGUUCUACAUCUUCCUAGCUGGCAUGUUCUGCCUCACCAUGUAUGUCAUGCUGCAGACCUUGGAUGACUACAAACCCACCUGGCAGGACAGGCUUGGCACACCAGGCAUGAUGAUCAGACCCAGGGGAAAGGCAAUGGAGAUCUCCUACAACACCACCAACACUGAGACCUGGGACAUGUACAUCAAGACACUGGACAACUUCCUCUCCCCCUACAACAACUCUCUGCAGGCUGAGAAGAAUGAAGAGUGCACACCGGACCAGUACUUUGUUCAGGCAGACAGUGGUGAUGUGAAGAACAACCCCAAGCGCUCCUGCCAGUUCAACCGCACCAUUCUAGAAAAAUGCUCUGGCCUUGAUGACCAUACCUAUGGAUACCAGGCUGGCAAACCAUGCAUCAUCAUCAAACUGAACCGGGUCAUUGGGAUGUUGCCAGGAAAGGAUGGCCAGGCUCCAUUUGUCACCUGUGGAGCGAAGAGGUACAAGGUUGGCAAAGAUGAAUGGAAAGAAGACUCUGAUAAGAUUGGAGAGGUGGAGUACUACCCUGAAAAUGGCACCUUCAACCUCAUGUACUACCCUUACUAUGGCAAGAAAGCUCAGGUGAACUACUCCCAGCCGCUGGUUGCCAUCAAGUUCCUCAACAUAACCCUCAAUGAAGACAUCAACAUCGAGUGCAGGAUCAUCUCCAACAACAUUCCUCCUGGGAGUUUAAGAGACAAGUUUGCGGGGAAAGUGUCUUUCAAACUGAGGAUCAACACUAAAGGCUAGAUGUACAUUCUCUCUCACUAACAUGUCCACCCACCUCUACAUUCUGUACACAGGUACCCAGGUACACAGGUACACAGGUACACACACACACACACACACACACACACACACACACACACACACACACACACACACACACACACACACACACACACACACACACACACACACACACACACACAUACAGAGAUAGAUAACAGAAUUAACACCCUCCGUUUGUCGAAUAGAAUAUGUUUACAACUUCCAUUUACCCUCGAUGUCGGGCAUUGGAUGCCCAGUGGAGUGAUGAUGUCAGAAUGGUGGAGUUAAACGGGUGGUAAUUCUGUCUCUGUUUCUGUGUGUGUACUUCCAUUCCUUUCUGUAAAUUAGUUUGAGGUGAAGUCUAUUUAUACUGCAUGACUAACUAGGGAAUAUAGUGGACAUAAACAUGUAUGAUUUCAAAGUUUGCAAGGAGAAGCAACGCCUCUUACCAGUUUACUGUUGCUCCUUCAUCUCUGCCUCCCUAUAGAGUGCGCCUCUAUAUACAAAUAUACACAAAAUACAAUACAACCGUGUAUAUCUAUUUAUAUAUCAUAACCUUAUAUCAGUAUGUCUAUUUUGUUGCGCUUGAAAAUAAUCCAACAGCUAAAACAUAUGAUGAAAAAACAUAUUUUUGUGGAUGAAGGGAGAGAUGGAGACAUUUUGCAUGUGUGUACUGUCUUUAGUGCCCUAAGAAGGCGAGAGGCCCCAUGUCUCAGCUCUCUGCUCUGCUAUGUGGGAAUUAUAAACGAGGCUAUGUUAAACUGCUGGCCACCAGGAGGGACCACGCUGCACUCUGCAGUGAUCAUCCAUUUGAACCCAUAAGAAGAUAGCAUCUCCAACAUGGGGAGCUACAGAGGUCAAGACCUUUGAGUCUGUUUGUGCGUGUGUGUGUAUGUUUGUAUGUGUGUGAGUAUGUACUGUACAUUUAAUUUGUAUAACCAAAUUCCAUUUGCAAGACAGAAUGCAUACUGUAGGUCGGGAAGAUGCAUAUGCAACGUGCAAUAUUAAUUAAGAAUGACACAUCAUGCACAUUAUACUCAUUAAACAGGACUCUUUUGUCAUUAACACUUGAAUUGCACAUGGUCAUAAUUCGGAUUAUCUUCCAUAACAUGAAUAUACACUUCAUUGUCCUUCCAUGGUUUAUGUUCACAUCGGUGUUCCUACAGCUCAAGGCUCAGGGCUAGUUUGUUUGUUCAUAGUUUUUUGCAUGUGCAUCGCAUCUAUUGACAUGCCUCCUAUACAUAUAAGAAAGAGAUGCUGUUCUUCUAUUUUGUAUUGAUUUGCACUGGUUUGUGUUUUUCUUGUGAAGACGAGAUGCUUAUGGUUCUGUGGAGAAGGAAAAAUAGAGUUUGUUUUGUUUCUACGUUUGUUGAAAUUUAUAUUCAAACAUGUGGUACCAUUUGAAUCAGUUGUACAUGACUUGUUACUGCUGUAAUAGUGCAUCUCAGUUUGAAGGCUGUCUCCAACAUCUGAUUACAUCGGCCAGAAUGUCUGUAAGGCUGGUUUGGUGAUAACGGUAAUCUGUUUGAUUUAUUUUAAUUUUAGUAGGAAUCUCUACCAUUACAUUGCUUUAAAAAGGGUGCAACAGACCAACCAACCUUGUAGUUGGAGGGUGUACUAUAACUAAAAGCACCUACAGUUGAUCAUGGGCAAGAGCGUUUAUGAAUUUGCUCUAGAAUGAUGGUCAAUGUGCUGGCGCACAGAUGCCCUGGAUGUGCUGCAGACUUGGGGCUAGAUUCAAUAUGUAACACUAAACUUCGGCAUACAGAUUCAAUCCAGCCCUUGAUUCUGGACACAUAAUGAGAAAAACCAGUUGAGGAAUCUAUGGAUCUGAGCGAGUGUUGCUGAACACUGGCUGUGACAUUGUGGCAAUGUGACUCUGAUCCUUCUUCAACGUCAUAGCGACACUUUUAGAACCCUAGCAUCUGUUCACUCAGCUUAAGGGUUGGGUUGACUUUUAGGACCUUUCUUCGCUCAGUCAGUAUAAGGUGUAUAUCAAUCAAUUUUCCUUCAUUUUGGUUGAAGUUGCACCUCAGUAAUAUCAUCAUAAUGAAGACUUGACAGUUUAACAAUAAUCAGUAUAUAAAUAAUCGGUUUAAUUUGAUAGCUGUAUAAUACACGUUGAGGAUUGACUGAACAAAGUCAAUUGACUCCAUGCUAAACAUCCAUGUUGCGUGUGGCCUACCAAUAGUCCUUGUUUUUGACAUUGUGAGACAAUGGAGUGAACAGUGCUAAUUCCUCGUUAGCAUUCCUGCUCCACUCAGUCUGUUUCGCAUGCUGAGAUUCCACUGUAAUCUCUUAAUCUGGUCAGAUAAUCUAGAGCAGGUACCUUCUCUCUUUUGUACACACACACACACACACACACACACACACACACACACACACACACACACACACACACACACACACACACACACACACACACACACACACACACACACACACACACACACACACACACACACACACACACACACACACACAAUCAUCCACCCUUUCUGUUAAAAUAUGUCUGGUGAGGAAUGACUAUGCGCUUGGUUCCACAGUUCCUUUAAGGUCUAUAUUAUUAUUAUCAUGGUUUUAUACAUAUGACCCAUGUUUUGCCAUGUUGUAUCACAAUAUGUUUUGUCCCAUGAGCCCAUUCCAUUCACAAUUCAAUCUACAAGUAAAUGUGUAUCCAUGGUGUGUAUCCAUGGUGUGUGUAGCCACACAAGUACAUAUAUGUGGAUAUAUUCCAAUUGUAAAAUUAAUGCUUUCCUUUUCUGCCUACAAAAAAGUAGUCCUGCCAGAUUCCCUCCAACCAAAGAUAUUCAUGAUCAUUUUAUAACAGUAUGAAAUAAUUGUGCUGCAAUGAAUGAAGAAUGAAGGAAGUCCUAUUCUUAUAUAAUGCUACGCACAGAAGGAGCAGGUGUCACUAAAUAACAACAGUGCCUCCUGGUGGGUGGACAGAUGUGUUGUUCCCCAAUAUCACCGAAUGUUAUUUAAUGUUAUCUCCAUAUAUCCGUUUUUAUAUGAUAAUUUGGAGAUGUCUUCAAAAAGCAAUAUAUUCAUUUCCUGUGUUGCUGAUGAUGUUUUUAUUCUUGGAAUGGCUGUAACAAGUUUAUAGUAGCAUUAAUCAUCAUGAAAGUGAGGAAGAAGACAGAAAGAACAUGUAAAUAUUAUGUUCACAAAUAGAUAUACAGUUAUAUGUCUGCCAAUGCACAUCUUCAAGAUUGAACAAUAGAAACACUUAACAGUUUUGUUUUCAAACGAGAUAAAGUAUUUUUAUUGUUAUUUUGUUGUAAAGAGGAGAUUAUGUAUUAGCUUUGGAUUGUAAUAAGACAGGGGUGCUACCUGGUAGGUGUUUGACAUGUAACCUCUUGACUCUGGUUGAACACAUACCAAGUAUGGUUGAAUGUAGAACACGUUUCUUUUUUGGUACCAUCUUUCUCUAUUUUGUUUUCAACCUUGCAGUAUUGAAUGUUUGCAAUGAUGAGCGCUCCACUCUUUCUCAGUCAUUGUCUACUGGAUAUUCUUUCAGAUGAACAAUGCAUGUCUUUAUAUGGGCCACAGUAUGAUGAGAUAAAGGAGGGUGUCAUCUUGGUUUGCUCAGUUACACUGAUUCAACAGAAAGCUGCAUAUUUACAGUAACUGCAAUGGAUUUAUCCUCAAACAGCACAAUUACUCGCCUGUGACCACUGCAUGUGGCAAACUAGUGUGAACUACCUAUUUGUUUCAAACUCACUUCUGAAGCAGCAAGACACAGCUUUUCACAAAGGUCCACCCUGAAAAGAAUAGCAAACGUAUCCCUGAUUUAAGACUAUCUUGAAUCCGACAGAUAAUUCAAAAGGAUCUAAGGCAGAAAUCCUUUGAAACACAUUGGGAUAGUCUCACCAAAAAAUGAAAAUGGCUGAUAAUUCUAUUUUCUUUGGAUCUUUUUUUGCUGUUAUUGUAUUUAUAUAUAUUUUUUGCUCAUGUUCGUUGUAAAAAAUGAUAGAGAAAUCAAUAAACGUGAUUGAAAGAAACAUAA